AUGUUCUCCAAACACGUUCUCGCCUUCUUUCUUGUACCAUCCUUGCUGGAUCUCUCGUUGUGGCAUUGGUAUAUUUUUUCGGCCCAGACAGCCAGAAUCGUGACUAAUUGUCAUGAGCAGCCACGCGUCGUUGCGUCCCACAACCAUGCAGCAGGAAACUGUGCCUUUAGCUUCCGAAGGCUCUCGGUAGCCGUAUAUGGGUCGCCUGUCCUAAAUCCCUUGGGCAUGAAAGCGAUCCUAGUUGUCAUCAUGACUGGCGGCUUCCUGCCGGUCUCCGGGUUUCUUCGUGCGCUUUUCCCAUCGUGCGCGUCUGCUAUCCAGACUAUUGCAUUCAAUGCAAAGUCGGACGCAAAGGUAUCAAGGCCUACUGUCUUUCGAAACCUUCAGGCCCGCCGUACUUUUCCCAAGCCUUCCUCUCCUCCUUGUAAAGAGGGCACUUGGGGUACUCGUCCUAUUGGCAAGGACAUUCAACUCGGAAGGGCGAACAAAACUGGAGUGCUUCACUGUAACGGUCAAGACUAG